UUCUCACUCUCACCUCUCUUUGGUUAGCUUCUGAGCAAAGAGACCACGAUUUGUACUAAUUUGGAAGCUGAUCCGGAAGAUGUGAUAUUGAAGAAAAGAUAGAUCAUGGCACAAGCUGAUCAUUUUGGAGAGUCGUUUGGAGCAUUUGGAGUAGAAUUUGCCGUGAGAAGUAAACUAAGAAGUUGAAUAUAAAGGCCAUUCACAUGUGUAUAUACAUACACUGACGUUGUAGCUUGCCAAACAAGGAAAAAGGUAAUCACAUAAUUAUUAUAUCUUCAAAUUACUUUUAGUGUGCUAUGCAGAUAAAGUUUAACUCCUUUUAUUUUCAGGGAAUAACAAAUGAUCAUGCUAUACCUACAACAAUCAAAGAGCAAGAAAGGUGCUCACUUUAACGACAUCAUCAUGGCUGUUAGUCCCUGCCUGGUAUAAUGGACUAACAACUACCAAAUAUAUUUUGUUGCAGCAUUUCAUUGGGUCCAAAUAAACAAAAACCAAUGAAGAAGAAACAGAUAGUCCAUGCAAAUCAAAGCAACAAGCGUGCAAGGUUGGUUUGGAGAAAACAAAAUGGUGACAUUGAGUUUGCUUCGAGUACAACAGUUGACGAACAAGCUUUAGAAGAAUCAAAUUUUGCCAGAGGCUCGACAAAUACCGAUUUGACUAGAAGAAAAGAAAUAAGUAGAUUGAAUCGAGCAAAUAGGAAGUUACAAUUGAUGAAAAAAAGAGGUAAAUGUCAGAGCUCUCCAAGUGAAGUUUCAAAUUUCGGAAAACCAACAUGCUUAUGUCCAUUCUGCAAUGCUAUAAUGUGGCAUCAAGAGAGAAGCAAGAAUAACACAAACAUAUCAAGACCAACAUUCGGACUUUGUUGCAAGGAAGGCAAAGUCAAAUUGCCACCAUUGAAAAAACCUCCAGCAUACCUUCAGCAGCUACUAAUGUCUGAUGAAAAGGGAGAAUCCUCAAAUUACAGAGACAAUAUCAGGAACUAUAAUUCAAUAUUUGCAUUUACUUCGAUGGCUGGCCAGGUCGACUACGAGAUAAACAAAAGAGGGGGUGCACCGUAUGUUUUUCGCUUGAAUGGCCAAAACUAUCAUCAAAUUGGCACAUUGCUACCUAAAGAUAGUGGAGAUAAUAGUUGCAGGCCAAAGUUUGCUCAAUUGUACAUUUAUGAUACAGAAAAUGAGGUUAAAAACAGAAUGCAGGCUUCAACCUCAAAGGAAAAGAAAACACAACUAGAUGAAGGCAUUGUGUCUAGAUUAUUGGAGAUGCUUGAUGAGAACAACGAGUUAGUGAAAUCAUUCCGUAUGGCAAGGGAUAGAUACCAAGAGUCAGAUCUUGAAAAUGUUAGGUUGCGAUUAAUUGGUAAAAGGUCCAACGAUGGAAGACAAUACAACCUACCAACUGCAUCUGAAAUAGCUGCACUCAUUAUUGGGGAAGAGACAGGAGAAAAUGUUGGACGGGAUAUAAUAGUAGAAAAUAAAGACAAACAACUCCAGAGAAUUUCAGAACUACAUCCAAGCUUUAUGUCUAUGCAAUACCCAUUAUUAUUCCCAUACGGAGAAGACGGAUUCAGACCAGAAAUAAAAUUAGAAAAAACAAAGGGUGGCGAAGGAAAGAGAAAUCAUGUUACCAUGAUGCAGUAUUAUGCAUAUCGCAUCCAGCAGCGACUGAACCAGUCAGUAGUCUUGCAAACGAGUGGCAAGUUGUUCCUUCAGUUCAUUGUAGAUGCAGCAACAUGCAUUGAGCAAUGGAGGCUAAAUUGGUACAGGAUGUAUCAAGGGAUACUUAGAACAGAGCUAUAUAGCGGUUUGCAAGACGCAAUUGAUAAUGGUGAUACAAGAACUGAUCAAGUAGGUAAAAGAAUUAUACUACCUUCAUCAUAUAAUGGAAGUCCUAGGAAUAAACAGCAGUAUUACCAGGACGCAAUGGCGAUAUGUCGGUGGGCUGGAUAUCCAGAUUUGUUUAUCACUUUCACAUGCAACCCAAAGUGGCCAGAAAUACAGACCAUGUUGGACUUCAUACCAGGCCAAAAACCAGAAGAUCGUCCAGACAUUGUCAAUAGAGUGUUCCUUAUAAAGCUCAAUGAACUGAUAGAAGAUAUAUACAAAAAUAAGCGGUUUGGAAAAGCAAUAGCAAUUGUCUACACCAUCGAGUUCCAGAAAAGAGGUCUACCUCAUGCACAUAUACUACUAUUUCUGGAUCUAGGCGACAAGGAUCCUAGCCCCCAAAAUAUUGAUCAGAUCAUAUCAGCAGAGGUACCAGACAAGGAUGCUGACCCAGAAGGUUACAUGGCAGUUGAAAAUUUCAUGAUGCACGGGCCAUGUGGGCAACCACACUACAAGUCACCGUGCAUGAUCAAUGGGAAGUGCUCAAAACAUUUCCCUAAGAUGUUCUGUGAGGAAACAAGCAUCGAUGAAGAAGGAUUCCCGAUAUACAGAAGAAGAAAUGAUGGAAGGAUAGUAGAAAAAAAUGGAGUACAUCUAGAUAGCAGGUAUAUUGUUCCAUACAACAGGGACCUGAUAGUCAAAUACCAGGCCCACAUAAACGGGGAAUGGUGUAAUAAAUCAAGAUCCAUAAAGUAUGCGUUCAAGUACACCCAAAAAUGAGAGGAUAGAGAAACUGUAAUUUUGGGUAAUGGAAACAAUUAUGAUGAGAUACAAAUGUACCUUGAUGCACGAUACCUAUCAGCAGGUGAAGCAUCUUGGCGUAUAUUUGGAUUUGAACUUCAGCAUCGGCAGCCUUCUGUACAGAGACUGCAAUUCCACCUUCAAGGUGAACAAAUGGUUGUGUUCCCGGACUCAACUGAUAUUGAGAAAAUUGUACAUAGAACUGGCAUAGAAAAAACAAUUUUCACUGAAUGGAUGACCGCUAAUCAAUUGUAUGAGGAGGCCCGUGAUCUGACAUAUGCAGAAUUCCCCACUAAGUGGACGUGGCAUGCAAAGAAGAAAAAAUGGAAACCAAGGAAAGGCAGGAAACAAUCUAUUGGGAGGAUCUACUAUGCCCAUCCAGCAAGUGGUGAGAAAUAUUACCUAAGAAUACUGCUAAACUCUGUCAAAGGUUGUAAAUCAUUUGAGGACAUCAGAAAAGUAAGUGGUAUUAUACACCCGACCUAUAGAUCAGCAUGUUACGCCCUUGGAUUACUCAAUGAUGACAAAGAAUGGGAUGAUUGUAUUAAGGAAGCAUCAAUUUGGGCUUCUGCACAACAAAUGCGCCAACUUUUCUGCACAAUACUCCUUUUUGGCGAGGUCACAGAUCCAGGAAAACUAUGGAAAUCUACAUGGAAAUUGCUCUCGGAUGGCGUACAACGACAUCAAAGGAGAAUCUUGAACUUUGAUGAACUUCAUCUUCAUCCUGAACAAAUACAAAACCUCACACUUGUAGAGAUAGAGAUGUUGCUAAGGAGAGGUGGAAAGUCAUUAAAAGAUUAUGAAGAAAUUCCAUUACCAGAUAGCAACUCACUACAAGGUCUAGAAAAUAGGUUGGUAAGUGAAGAGCUUAACUAUGACAGAGAUUCUCUCCAAAUAGAGAAAGUGGCAUUACUUAGAAAGUUGAAUCCAGAACAGAAACAAGCUUUUGAUGCAAUACUACAAUCUGUAAAUAGCAAACUAGGCAAAUUGAUAUUUGUCAAUGGAUAUGGUGGGACAGGAAAAACAUUUCUUUGGAAGGCAAUCACGACAUCACUACGAUCUGAAGGAAAAAUAGUUUUAGCAGUGGCAUCCAGUGCAAUAGCUGCGCUUCUUAUACCUGGGGGAAGAACUGCACAUUCAAGAUUUCGCAUCCCACUCAACAUCAUUAAUGAGUCCACAUGUGACAUCAAGCAAGGAUCUUGUCUUGCAGACCUGCUAAAGAAAACAUCAUUAAUUAUAUGGGACGAAGCACCAAUGGCGAACAGACAUUGCUUCGAAGCAUUGGACAAGAGCUUGAGAGACAUUCUAAGGUUCACAAACGAAAAUAGUACAGAUAAACCAUUUGGAGGGAUGACAGUAGUGAUGGGAGGUGACUUCAGACAAAUCCUGCCGGUAAUACCGAAAGGGCGAAGAUCUCACAUUGUUGAUGCAUCCUUAAAACGUUCUUACUUAUGGAAACACUUUGAGGAAUUCAAGCUCACUCAGAACAUGCGUGUUUCUGCACUAACAGAUACUCCAGAAGAACAAAAAAAGACCACAGAUUUUGCGGACUGGAUUCUAAAUAUUGGAGAUGGAUUAGUUGGAAAUAAAGAAGAAGAGGCAUGGGUACAGAUACCUGAAGACUUGCUUCUGCAGAAAGGAGAGAACCAAUUUGAAACGAUCAUCAACAACACCUAUCCAAACCUAUGGACGAACUACACAAAUCGAACAUACUUAGAAGAGAGAGCCAUCUUAUGUCCAAGAAAUGACAUGGUUGAUGAGGUAAAUUCUUACAUCAUGGGUAGAAUAGAAGGUGAAGAGGUAACAUAUCGAAGCUCAGAUACACUGUGCAAAGCAAUGUCAAAUUCGGAAGAUGUAGAUCAUUUGUACCCAACAGAAUUCCUGAAUAGCUUGAAGUGCCCUGGAAUAUCAGACCACAUACUACGGCUGAAAGUAGGCCUGCCAAUUAUGCUGCUACGGAAUAUCAACCAAAGCAAGGGCUUAUGCAAUGGUACGAGACUAACUAUAACACAGCUAGGCAAAUGGUUCAUAGAAGCUCAAAUAAUAACAGGGACAAACAUUGGAAACAAGGUAUAUAUUUCAAGGAUAAUUAUGUCACCAAGUGACUCAAAAUGGCCGUUUGUGUUGAAAAGGAGGCAGUACCCAAUAUCAGUUUGUUUUGCAAUGACGAUAAAUAAGAGUCAAGGGCAGUCGCUAAAACAUGUGGGCCUAUAUUUACCGAAGCAGGUGUUCACUCAUGGCCAACUCUAUGUAGCGGUAUCAAGAGUCACAAGUAGAGAUGGACUUAAAGUUCUAAUUUCAGAUGAAGAAUCUAAGGAAAAUAAUUCGGCAAAAAACAUUGUGUACAAGGAGAUCCUUUAGUGCAAGAGAUCUUCGAAUGUAUUAUUGUAUUUUACUCUAUGUAACGUUCUUAAACAGGAAUUUCGUACGGUUAUCCGAUGAAUCGGAUAUUUCCAGUU